AUGCAUUUGAAACAAGUGGAAAAGUGUUUCUACGGCUCCUUGUUAGCAUUUUCUGCAUCUCUAAUAUUUUUUCUUGUCUCCUGGGCAGUUCCUCCCAGUGACGCAGUAUGUGAUGGACGGAACCUCAUCUUCAGCCCAUUGCGAGAGGUGAUUAGUUACAAAUGGGUUAACUAUGCAGACUACUACUUUCCUCGCUCAGUCUAUCGCACAUCCGAGAGACGGCCAAUAGCUGCGGAUACGCAGCAGGCCUGGCGGGACUUGGUCCAGGAUUUCGAAGUCAGCAUACCGGAGGACAAACUAGAAGCCAUGAAUCAAUCUACCGAAUAUCAAUGGAAACGACAUCCCGACGGCGGUAUAGCUGCAAAUAUAGCUGUUUUCCAUCAGCUUUCUUGUCUGAGUACGAUUCGCCUCCAUGCUCAAGCAGACCUAGAAGACCCAUGGCGCCAGGAAUAUAGGGAAAGAGUGGACCAGUGUAUUGAAUUACUGAGGCACAAGUUCAUGUGCGAUGCGGAUGCCACUCCGUUUCUUCUUCGGAACAACCCUGAGGUUAUUCGUGGGAAUAGCCCGGACAUUGGAACAAAGCACAAGUGUAGAAAGUACGACGACGUGAUAUCUUGGGCAAAGCGGAACGCAAAGGGAAAGGAAUAA